CCUCAUCGUCAAUUCACAGCAACCGCGGCCCAGGCCGGUGUAGACAACCAGGAACAGCCAAAUCCCUCCUUCACCGUCGCCUCGCUCACCACCACACCUGCAUAUUCUCACUCGCUGCACACGGCGCCUCAGCGCAGCAUGGACGACUUCAACAGUGACACAGACAGCGACUACACAAGUUACUGGCGCGACUGGUUCAUAUCAUCACGGGGAAACGAGUACUUCUGUGAGAUCGACGAAGAGUACCUUACCGACCGGUUCAAUCUUACUGGGCUAAACACAGAGGUUCAAUACUACCAAUAUGCCCUCGACCUCGUAACAGAUGUCUUUGACUUCGACUGCGACGAUGAGAUGCGGGAACAGAUUGAGAAGUCGGCGCGACACCUAUACGGCUUAGUACACGCACGAUACAUUGUGACAACGAGAGGGCUGGCAAAGAUGCUCGAGAAGUUCAAGAAGUCAGACUUUGGGAAAUGCCCGCGCGUCAUGUGCGAAUCACAACCUCUCCUGCCCAUGGGCCAGUCCGACGUAGCCAACACCUCGCCCGUCAAGCUCUACUGCUCCCGCUGCGAAGACCUCUACAAUCCCAAAUCCUCACGACACGCCGUUAUCGACGGCGCUUACUUCGGCACAUCCUUCCACAACAUCCUCUUCCAAGUAUACCCCGCGAUGCUCCCACCCAAAUCGCAACGACGAUACGAGCCACGAGUAUUCGGCUUCAAAGUACACGCAGCCGCAGCAUUGUCGAGAUGGCAAGGCGACCAGAGAGACGCGAUGAAAGACCGCCUGAAAGGGCUGAAGAUCGAGACGGGGUUCGAAGAGGAGGACGAGGAGCUAGAGGAGGACGACGAGGAAGAUGAGGAAAUGGAGGGCGGCGAGGGUUUUCAGGGCGCGGUCGCACCGCAGCAGCAGUAGGAGUUGAGCGUGGAUUUGACGCUAUGAGAUAUCACGGAAUCGGAGGGCGGGACAGCAUCCAGCAUUGGGAAGGCGAUAGGCGUAAUGGCUGGGUUGGGCAGCUCUGAAUAAUACCACAACGCAUCAUCAACACGCCAUGAAUAAGCUCCAGAGUGCGCACUAUGUAUGGGAGCGCGUGCGUGCAUGUGGCAGCGGAUAGAUCAACAUCACGCGGCCGGAAAUGGAUGAGCAUGUACUAAGUAGAUGAGGCAACCAAC